GAACACAAUACUCCAAGUGCGGCCUCGCCGUCGUCGUGUACGUGACAACAUACUUCUUUUCUCUCUCUCUCUCUCUCUCUCACUCUGACGUACCGGAGAAGAUGUCCCUGCAGAUGUGUGUGAGGGAGAGCCCAGGCCUCCCCUCCCGCUGCCAUCUUCCCGGGCCGCAGUCGGUCACCUGACUGCCGCCUGCCCCGCCGCCAUUUUCUCUCUGGGCUGCCUGGUGCGAAGGUGAGCGCGGCUCCGGCAGAGCAGUGCACGCCAGCCGCUCGCCUCCCUCCCUCCGCGCACACGGAUCCACGGGGGAGGGCGAAGAGACCGAGCAUGGUGUAAUCAGCUCCCGCCCCCCCCCCCCUUCAGCGGAGCCGGAUUCUUCUUCCCCCCUCCUCACGGCGAGAAGCGCGGCCAGGAUGGCUCUGAAGAUCGUGAAAGGCAGCAUUGACCGCAUGUUUGACAAGAAUUUGCAGGACCUGGUACGUGGCAUCAGGAACCACAAGGAUGACGAGGCCAAAUAUAUUUCACAAUGUAUUGAUGAAAUAAAGCAGGAGCUCAAGCAGGACAAUAUUGCAGUCAAGGCCAAUGCAGUCAUCAAACUUGCAUAUCUGCAAAUGCUGGGAUAUGACAUCAGCUGGGCUGCAUUCAAUAUUAUAGAAGUAAUGAGUUCAUCAAAGUUUACGUUCAAGAGAAUAGGGUAUCUGGCAGCCUCUCAGUGUUUUUAUGAAGGAACCGAUGUAAUCAUGUUAACAACAAAUCAGAUUCGUAAGGAUCUCAGCAGCCCGAAUCAGUAUGAUACAGGAGUUGCUUUGACAGGUUUAUCCUGUUUUGUUACUCCAGAUCUUGCCAGAGAUUUAGCAAAUGACAUUAUGACAUUGAUGUCUCACACAAAGCCUUACAUUAGAAAGAAAGCUGUGCUUAUCAUGUACAAGGUGUUCCUCAAAUACCCAGAAUCCCUGCGACCUGCCUUCCCACGCCUUAAAGAGAAACUGGAGGAUCCAGAUUCUGGUGUUCAGUCUGCCGCCGUGAAUGUUAUCUGUGAGCUUGCCCGACGCAAUCCGAAGAAUUAUCUUUCUCUGGCUCCACUGUUUUUCAAACUGAUGACAUCAUCAACUAAUAAUUGGGUCCUCAUUAAAAUAAUUAAACUUUUUGGAGCCCUUACCCCACUUGAGCCACGGCUGGGGAAGAAACUCAUUGAACCACUGACAAAUUUAAUACACAGUACCUCAGCCAUGUCUCUUUUGUAUGAAUGUGUGAACACCGUGAUAGCAGUCCUCAUCUCUCUCUCUUCUGGAAUGCCGAAUCACAGUGCCAGCAUUCAGCUUUGUGUGCAGAAGCUGCGAAUUCUUAUUGAAGAUUCUGACCAAAACUUGAAGUAUCUGGGUUUGCUGGCCAUGUCGAAAAUUUUGAAGACUCAUCCCAAGUCUGUACAGUCCCACAAGGAUCUAAUUUUACAGUGUUUGGAUGACAAGGAUGAAUCUAUACGACUCCGAGCUCUAGAUCUUCUGUAUGGAAUGGUUUCAAAGAAGAAUUUAAUGGAAAUUGUUAAGAAAUUAAUGAUUCAUGUAGAUAAAGCAGAAGGCACAACGUACAGAGACGAACUCCUGACAAAAAUCAUUGACAUUUGUAGUCAGUCCAACUAUCAAUACAUCACCAAUUUUGAAUGGUAUAUUAGCAUUCUGGUUGAACUGACUCGACUUGAAGGAACGCGACAUGGCCACCUAAUUGCAGCUCAAAUGCUUGAUGUAGCUAUUCGGGUGAAGGCUAUCCGAGCAUUUGCAGUAUCACAGAUGGCUAUGUUGUUAGAUAAUGCCCAUCUACUUGCUGGCAAUAUGCAAAGGAAUGGAAUUUGUGAAGUUCUGUAUGCUGCUGCGUGGAUUUGUGGUGAAUUUUCAGAACAUCUUCAAGAGCCUAAUCAAACACUGGAAGCUAUGCUGAAGUCCAAAGUCACAACAUUGCCAGGGCACAUACAGGCAGUUUAUGUGCAGAAUGCUGCAAAGUUGUAUGCAUCAGUAUUGCAGCAGCACGAGCAAGCAGGAGACAAGGAAGCUGCUGAGGAAAUAACCCAAGUGUUGAUUGACAAGCUACCCCAGUUUGUUCAGAAUGCAGAUCUUGAAGUGCAGGAGCGGGCUUCAUGUAUUCUUCAGCUGAUAAAAUACAUACAAAAGCUUCAAGCUAAGGAUGUUCCCGUAGCAGAAGAAGUCAUGGCUUUGUUUGCUGGCGAACUUAACCCUGUUGCUCCCAAAGCACAGAAGAAAGUCCCACUGCCAGAUGGGUUGGAUCUUGAUGCCUGGAUUAACGAUGCACCUUCAGAAAGCUCUUCAGAUGAUGAAAACACUAAGAAAACAGUCUUCCAUGAUGAGGACCAAAGAAAUAUCAGACAUCGACAGCCAGAAUUAGAUGAAGAUGAGCUUGCUAGGAGGCGAGAAGUAAGAAAACAAGAACAGGCAAACAAUCCAUUUUACAUCAAAAGUUCUCCAUCUCCUCAGAAGAAUUACCAGGAUGCUAGUGGAGUGGAACACAUACCUGUGGUGCAGAUUGAUCUUACGGUGCCAUUGAGAGUACCAGGAAUGCCUUUGUCAGAUCAGUAUCUUAAACUGGAAGAAGAGCGCAGACAACAGCAGAAACGGGAUAGAGAGAAAAAGAAAAAGAAACAAAAAAGAGACAAAAAAGACAAGAAAGGCAAACGUCGUCACGAUUCGCUUCAUACGGAAAGCGAUGAAGAUAUUGCUCCAGUUCAUCAUGUUGACAUUAUCACUGAAGAAAUGCCUGAAAAUGCCUUGCCAAGUGAUGAUGAUGAUGACAAAGACCCUAAUGAUCCAUACAAAGCAUUAGAUAUUGAUUUAGAUAAUCUAAAUCCUAUGAAAAAAGGAAGGCCUUUGACAGAUAAUGAAAAGCUGCCUGUGAGGACACACCGAGUGACUGAAAAGAAGUCACCAGAAGUUGAAGCUGCUCCAGUAGAGGAAAAAAUCAAAAAAAACCUUAAGAAGGCAAAGAAAGAAAAGAAAGACAAAGAGAAAAGGAAAAGUAGAGAAAAAGUUAGCAAAAAGCAUAAAAAGUCUUAUGAAAAUCCAGAGAAUGAACAUGCUGAACCUGAAGAAAUUAUUGCACCAACAUCAAAAGAAGAAAAUGAAAAAUCCAAAGAGGGAUCAGAUCUCGACUUCUGGCUGUCUAAUGCUCCAGUACAAAGCAAAUCAGAGAUAGAAUCACUUAAAAAUGAAGAGACAUCUGAAGUACAAGAAACAUCAGAAGCAAAAGAAAAAGAGGAAGAGGAAGCAAAAUCAUCAAAGCACAAGAAGAAGAAACAUAAGAAAGAGAAGUCAAAGGAGGAAAAGAAAUCGCAGAAAAAGAAACACCACAGCAGUGAAGAGGCCCCAGAAUCUGUUCAGAAUGGCAGCUUAGAUGACGAGCCCUUGCCUCCAAUGUCCAGCUACUCCCUCCUUGCAGAAAAUUCCUAUGUAAAAAUGAUGUAUGAUAUUCAAGGAAAUCUUCAAGAUGGAAGUCAAGUGGUUGUAUCAGUCAUCUUUGAAAACCAAAGUAAUGGUUAUCUCAAGUCGAUGGACUUUAAUGUUUUAGAUUCUCUUAACACUAAACUCAUUCGACCAGAAGGGUCCUCCAUACAUGAUGGUAUAUCAGUUCCUUUCCAACUCCCACCUGAUGUUUCAAAUGAAGCUCGGUUUGUGUUUACUGUGGAAAGCAUCGUCAUGCCACAGAAGCUGAAAGGAACACUUACUUUUAUAGUCAAAACGGAUGAUGGAUCUUCUCAUGAAAAACUUGAUUUUAAGUUGCACUUCACUUGCACUUCGUACAUGAUCACGACGCCUUGUUAUAGUGAUGCAUUUGCAAAGUUGCUGGAAUCUGGAGAACUAAAGAUGAGUUCAAUAAAAGUGGACAGAAUAAGUAUUUCAUUCCAACUUCUUCUGGCAAAGAUUUGCUUUCAUCACCACUUCUCUGUUGUGGAACGUAUCAAUUCAUGUGCAUCUAUGUAUAGCCGUUCUAUCCAAGGUCAUCACAUGUGUCUUUUGGUGAAAAUGGGUGAUAACUCCAUCUCUGUGGAUGGGAAAUGCAGCGAUUCUACUCUUCUGGGAAAUCUACUUGAUGAAUUGAAGCAGACAUUGACAGAAAGCUGCUGAGCUGUUGUAAAUCACACUAGAAUUGUAUUAUGUUCUUCCUUGAAAGCAUGAACUACAUAACACAAGGCAUGUGCAUUAUUUAUCUUCACAAUCAUUUGCAGUUAGACAUUCUGAUUGCGUGUUCAAGGUUUUUUUUGUUUCCUUUUGGCCGCUACAGAUAUGGUUUCACCCUGAUCCCAUACUGCAGCCAUGUGUAUUAUAUACUGGUUACCGAGACCAGCAGACAUUUAAAUAUCCAAACUCUUAGAGUGUAUUGAACUGAUUUGUGUAUUUCAAAUUGAUACUGCAUUCCUGAAGAGUUGAACUGUAGUGAUGCUGUACAAGCAGCUAUGAACCCAAAGUAGUCUGCCAGUCCAUGUCCAGAGACUGAACAUUUACUUUAAAUUUGUCUUUCUUAAAUGUUUAUUCCUCAAAUAGUGGUGUUUCGUUUGAUGGUCAAAACUGUCAGAUUAGCAUGUAGAAUACUCUUGUAGAAUUCUGUGUGUUUAUUCUAGAAUUUUGAACAAUGUGUUUAAAAUGAUUUACUAUCAACAUUCCCUCUUGGAGAAAAAUUGACAAGCUGCUGUACCUUUUGUGUCGAUAAACCAAUAAAAAUGUAAAAUCUC